ACAUCUAGACGAGUGCCAUCUUUGUCCGUGACGUAGAAGUUGGUACCUAUAACUGGUAUCCUGAAGUAUGCUUGAACCUCUCGACCGAGGGGAUUAUACGCUAGGACUACAACCUGAUUUUUCCUUUGUUGGUGCCGAAUUUUGUUAUGCCCAGGAGGGGUACACCGACAUCUUAGAUGGGACUGUGAAAUACAAAUUAUAUUCGGAAUAUUGUAGUUACGACCAAUAUUGCUGUGGAGGAACAUACACCACGUCAUGUUGUUACACUCACAUCAUAUCGGUCGGAACCAUUGCAGGCAUUGCCGUGGGCAGUGUUAUCGGUUUGGCAUUCUUCACUCUCUGCAUUGUGUGCUGUGUCUGCGUUCAGAGAGGAACACGACGUUCAGGACGUAUAAUUCUACGUGCCAGGAAACCGAAACCCACUGCUGUUAUUACCGCUCCACCGGUUGUCAACCCUGUUGGCGCCUACCCUGCCCAGACUGCCUACUCUCAGCAAACCCAGUACCCACAGAAUACCCAGUACCCACAGAAUGCCCAGUACCCUCAACAUCCCGGAGGAUACAUGGUUAACUAUACACCGGAUGGACAAUAUACAGGCGGAACAAAUCCUUCGACGUCAACAGCCCCAGCAUACGCUACUGUUGUAAAGCACAGCACCGCUCCACCAAUGUAUUAAAACUAUAAAAGGAUCUCCUUUUGGCUAUACUACCAUACUAUACUACUUUCAAUCAAGAACAAAGAUAUUCCAUGUUGGCUCAUAUUUCUAAAUUGGUCGACUUGAUCAGAUUCUAGCAUAAAUUCUACCAGUA